AUGGGCCAGAGUACAGGAGCUACACCACCAGUUCCUAUAACUGCUAAAAACAAAACCAUGAUUCAGUACGAUAGUAACAAUAAGCAGCUAAGCAUCGACAAUGAUUCCAACACAGAUAGGCUAACAAACUUGAAUCAAAUCAACAAGUUAACGACCGCACUUGUACCGGAAACAAACCCAAAUUUCCAGCCUCAGCCAAACAAUGAAACAACAAACAUGGUCAAAAAUAUGUUUCAAUCCGGCAUGCAACAAGCACAGAACAAGAAUAUACCAGAUGCUCUCAGAAAAGUCGACCUUGCUGUCGAUAUGCGUAAUAAGGCUCGUAAACCAUGGGAACCAUUUUCUUUUCAACUUCAAGAGCUACACAUGAUGUUACGUAACAGAACAGAUCUUGAAUUGGUUUCACAGCGUAAUCUAGAUGCAUGGCAAGAUCUUGAGAUGCUUCUCAACUGUGGUAUGGUGGUGCCAGAAGUGUUUAUAAGGUUAACGGAUUGUUUACUUAAGCUAAAUCUAGUGGAAUUGGCGAGACCUUACUGUGAAAGAGGUCUUUCAUUAGACCCAAAGAAUGGACCUUUACUUGCACUUUUCCAAGCCUGUGAAAAGAAAAUGCUCGAAAUUGAGGGUGAUCUGUAA